CUGCCUGCAGGUAUUACCGAUCCGGCCUUAACAAACUGUACUAUCCAGUACAACUCUAAAAAAUGUAACGAAUGGGUAGCCAAAUGCAAGCUCAGUGGAUCGACAUCCAGUCAAACAUCACUGACCACACCGGAAAGAGAAUGUCUACUGAGUCGUGGCGUUUUCGCAGUUUGUACGGCACAAUUCGGCCAAAUUACCUGUAAUCAAUGGGAAUCCAGGUGUGCCACCUCACUCUACCAAAAUCCAAUGGGUGUCUACCAGACCGGUAACUGGUAUAAGCUCUCACCGGAAGUGCCGUUAUGCAUCGAAACACAGAGAUUAAUGAAAGCCUGUAUCGAGAAGAAUGGUAAGCAGUCUUGUGAGGAUACAUUACGCAAUUGUGAAAGAUAUUUCAACGCCCCGAAGAAGAUGUUGCCUCCGUGGGCUCUAUAUACGAUGACCAAUAAACUGACCAAUUGUGUGGGAAAGGCGAUAAUGAGUUGA